AUGUCUUCAAUUAGAGAAUUGAGCGCAUUCUGUCUUGCCCUGAGUAAGAUAUGUACUAUUCAAACACUGCUCGCUCAGCCAGAUCACACUCUAGAAUGGGUUCUAGCCAUAGCUACGAAACACGCCGUGUCUACUACUACUACUGCUGCAUCCAGCGAAGGUGGCACCCAAGACGAGACGCUGUGGUCGUCGUACCUCGACGAACAAACCCAAUGGGAGCUUUUCCUGCGCCGCGCCGGUCUCAAUCCGUUUGCAGCUCAGAUUGUUCUCGACAUACUCAAAAACAGUUCUAUGUUAUCUCAAGAUGACACUAGCAAAGAUGGUCGACUUCGCGACCUCUCCAGAUUCAUUGAGAUGUCUCGAGAAGCCAGGAGGGAGCUUUUCCAGGAUGCUGUGGGACAGAGGGUACUGCAGCGAGUGGAAAACGCGGUAGAGAUGGAUUGGCAAGUUGAAUGGGCUAUUGAUUUGAGUUGA